CACACACACACACACACACACACACACACACACACACAUCUGUGUUUAUAACUUUAUGUAUCUUUUUGUUAGAAACGCUCAGAGUUUCAGAAGAGUGCCGAGAAGAGUAAACAAAGCAAAGAGAAUGCACAGAAGAGACAGAUGGGUGAAGACAUGAGAGGCAAAUGUGGGAGAGAUGACACGCCAGAUAGAUAGUCGGGAGAUGACAGAAUGUCAGCAGAAGAACGAGCUGAAACCAGCCAGAUCAUUGACACAACGUUGCUGAAGUGUUACCUGCAGACCAACGAUGCUCUCAUUUGUCCACUUCUGAGUCUAAAAGACAAUAAUUGUCACAUGAAAGAGUGCGAACGAGUGCUAACACGAUCCGAGAAGUACAGCGAACUCGUACUACUAUACGAGAGCAAGGGUAAACACAAGAAAGCGUUGGACUUGCUGCUACAGCAAGCUCAUAACAAAGUCGGUCCUCUACGUGGUCAUGAGAGCAUGGUGAAGUACUUGCAGAAAUUUGUUGAAACCUUCUGCAAUCAAACAUAUGAUAACUGUGGCAUGUGAUGAUGGAUAUCCCAUCCACUUGGCAUGUCAUUGCUCCAGUCUCGACGUCAUCAGACUUCUCAUCUCUCACCAUUCACCACUAAACAAAUUUAACAGUUUUGGUUGCACACCUCUAAUGGUCUGCUGUCAGUCAGGUCUAUACCAGACUGUACAGUUAUUGUUAGAUACCGGUGCCGAUCCUAACCUAGUGAGCCCUAUUAGUAAGAAAACUGCCAUGCAUUGGGCUGCUAAUCGUCGGGAUCUACAAAGGGUGUGGCUGCUGCUUCAAUUUGGUGGUGAUCAAAGGACACGAAAGGACGGUCUGAAUGUGACACCACGACAGAUGGCUGAACGGCAGCUGGCUAGAAUGAGAAGGAAAGGGGGAGCAGGAUAUACUCCUUUAGGAUUUGCGAGUCCUCGAGAUGUGAUGUGUUUGCGAGAAAUGAUGGAUAGUCUAAACUAUUUUGAUGGUGAGUUGUGUGUGUGUGUGUGUGUGUGUGUGUGUGUGUGUGUGUGUGUGUGUGUGUGUGUGUGUGUGUGUGUGUGUGUCUGUCUGUCUGUCUGUGUGUGUGUGUGUGUCUGUCUGUGUGUGUGUGUGUGUGUGUGUGUGUGUGUGUGUGUGUGCGUGCGUGCGUGCUUGUGGGCGUGCAUGUGUGUGUGUGUCGCACGCAUUUAUCAAUCAUUUUCUAUUUGUGUGCCUGUCAGUCUCUCUUCCUCUGUUUGUUUGCAUGUGUCUACCUCUAUCCUUGCAUCAUGCUCCUUUCUGUACGUCUUCUACGAACUCUACGAAUUAUCUCGUGUAUCUAUUCGCCAACUGCUCGGUCCAUCAAGAAUCGACAAAAUCGAUCAACUUCCCUUACCACCUUCACUCAGAAUGUACCUCAAAGACAUGUUCUACAAGUCACCUAUUGACAGUCGAUGACACAGUUCAUGUUGACCCAGUUUACUAUCGACGUCAAUUAUAUAAACAGUUGUACACAUGAGGAAUAUGGAUUAUGUUGUUGCUGAAUGAUAAUAGAUGGUAUU